AUGUUAUCAAGGGCUGCUAAGAAGUCUGUGGUCACUGUACUAAGAAGCUCAGCAAGAAGGUCCCUAGUAACGAGGUCCCUUCUGGUUCCAUCUGCUCAAAGAUUUACACUCUGGAAUGAUACUCGCAAUAGGAAUCCUCCAGUGAAUAGUAAUGUAUCUUUCAAGGGUUUUUACCGCUAUAAUUCGACAUUAAAGUCGGUAGAAGUUCCACCUAUGGCAGAAUCACUAACGGAAGGUUCCCUUAAGGAAUAUACAAAGAGUGUGGGUGAUUUCAUAAAUGAAGAUGAUUUAUUGGCAACGAUAGAAACAGAUAAAAUUGAUAUCGAGGUAAAUGCGCCGAUUUCUGGUACUAUAAAAAAGUUAAACUUCAAUCCUGAUGAUACUGUGACUGUAGGUGAUGAAUUGGCGCAAAUAGAACCGGGAGAAACAUCGAAGGAACAAACGACAUCUACUGAAACUAAAUCUCAACCAGAACCUCUAAAAUCAGAGGAAAAGGAUCAAGUUGCUAAAUCAUCGCCAAAGAAAGAAAAUAAACCAUCCGCUGCGGCACCUGAGCCAACCCCAAAGAAAGAGACUAAGCCUUCCGCCACAUCGACUAAGAACGAUGAUGCCUCCUUCACCUCAUUUUCUCGUAAUGAACAUAGAGUAAAAAUGAAUAGAAUGAGGUUGAGAAUAGCUGAAAGGUUGAAAGAGUCUCAAAAUACAGCAGCAUCUUUGACGACAUUCAAUGAAGUUGAUAUGUCAUCGAUUUUAGAAAUGAGAAAAUUAUACAAGGAUGAGAUUAUUAAAAAUAUGGGUAUUAAGUUUGGUUUCAUGGGUCUUUUUUCUAAAGCAUGUGUAUUAGCUUCCAAAAAUAUACCUGCUAUCAAUGCUAUGAUUGAAGAUGAUCAGAUGGUUUAUCGUGACUACAUGGAUAUUUCAGUUGCUGUUGCUACUCCAAAAGGUUUAGUUACACCAGUAGUACGUAAUUGUGAAUCUUUAUCUGUCCUAGAUAUUGAAAACGAAAUUUUAAAAUUGAGCCACAAGGCAAGAGAUAAUAAAUUAACUUUAGAAGAUAUGACUGGUGGUACUUUUACAAUUUCAAACGGUGGUAUCUUUGGUUCACUUUAUGGAACGCCGAUCAUUAACAUGCCUCAAGCUGCUGUGUUAGGGUUACAUGGCAUUAAAGAAAGACCAGUUACUGUCAAUGGACAGAUUGUGUCUAGGCCUAUGAUGUAUUUGGCUUUGACCUACGAUCAUAGAAUAUUGGAUGGGAGAGAAGCUGUUACGUUUUUAAAAACGGUGAAAGAAUUAGUUGAAGAUCCAAGGAAAAUGCUAUUAUUCUGA